AUGCGCCUCGAAGUAUCAUCGUCUUCCUAUCAUUCGCAGUCAUCGUCACCACCACCGUCUCAUACUACUGCGCACAAAAUGAUAGCCCUCGCCUCCGCCAGUGCGACACCUUCGGUGACGCAAAAUACUACCAAUACUAAACGCCCGAAGCUGUCAUUGCAGACGGCUUCCCUUCCCAUCGCAUUUGGCAAGUCCAGCACAGGACUAGCCAGAACCUGUGCCACUGCUUCGCCUACUGUUCGCAACACUUUCAACAACGCCUACGAGACCACGCGGCCCUUGUCUACCACCGACUCUCCUUCCCCAUGUAGACUCUCCAACAACAGCAAAGGCCCUCGGUACCCUUCUCCCUUUUCUCACCACUAUCGGACAUCAGAUGCAGCGCCCUAUCAACAGCCCUUGGGCGUCCGCAGCAUUCUCCAAAACUCUCCUUUAAAGAAGAUGUCUGUAAGACGGCAAUCAAUGUCCAUGUCUGCUGGUGCCCUUACAGAAAAUCGACGAGUGCUCUUCCCAGUGAAAAAGCAAGUCACCUUCCACUACCAAUUGGAGGAAGAGAUCCGCACCGUCAAAUUUGUGGCACGCCAUUCCGACCUCGACUCUGACUCUGAGCCUGAGCCACAAGCAGAGCUAGAGAGUGAGGGUGAUACCAGCUCCGACUCAACUGGUUCACACUCGGAUAGCCACAGCUCUUCUGGGGAGGAUGACGGGGACAUCAAGAACCCUUUGCCCCAACGGAAACGACGCAAGUCUAUUCCCAGUGAACGAAAAAUCCGGGCGGCUGCACUGAGAGACGGCCUCAAUGAAGAUCAUUACGCCGCCAGUCUGACAACAGUCUCUCAAACGGAUCGGUCCAAACGUCGGUGCAAAUGGCGCUGGACCCUGGGUGAAAACACGGCAGACUCUGAACUGGAGUCUGUACCAUCUGUUCUGCCAACAGAUAGACUCGAGAAAAAUGAUGAACUAGCCACGACUACUUGUUUAUAG